UCAUUCUCUGAGCGUGCGCGGGUGGGAAGCUGGGAGUGGAAGGUUUGCCUCUCAAUUCAAACAUUCUCAACUAACAAAACUUUGCGCUGUUAAUAUAUGGGGACAGUAACGACCCUCUUCCCCAAAUGCAUGGGAACCCUCCUACCUACUGACGGCAGAGCGGAUGUGGAGGAAGGGAGAGAUCACUUUCAGGGAGCACAGCUUUUCCUUAACCCUUUACACAUCUUAUCCCUUCUGCUCUUUUCCCACAUUGCUUGUGUUUGAUGUAUUUUGACAUACAACGCUUGGACUUGGUGAGGCCACUAAUUUCUCAGUCUCAUUUUGUACUUCAGGGGUACAUCUGCAGAUCGUUUAAGAGACCUGUUUGCAACCCAAAUGUCUAAUGUCAGGUGCAGGAACUGAGUGAGGCCAAAUUUGUUUUCCUCUGGUUGGUGUUCAGCUUUCGGGUUAAUUGCAAAUGCUUUCUGCAAUUACUAUUUGGAGCUCCAUUGAAAGUAUUGUAUCCACUAAUAUACUUGAGGUUUCCAUUCACCAGCUAGGAUUGUGUCUAAGCAGAGCCUCCGCAUCUGUUCUUAACCUCAACUGCAGCCUCAUCCUUUUACCCAUGUGCCGGACACUCCUGGCUUACCUUCGAGGAUCCCAGAAGGUUCCAAGCAGGAGAACAAGAAGAUUGUUGGACAAAAGCAGGACAUUCCAUAUAACCUGUGGUGUUACCAUUUGUAUUUUCUCAGGUGUGCACGUGGCCGCCCAUCUGGUGAAUGCCCUGAACUUCUCAGUGAACUACAAUGAGGAUUUCGUUGAACUGAAUGCAGCCAGAUACCGAGAUGAGGAUCCUAGAAAACUUCUGUUCACCACUGUUCCUGGUGUAACGGGUGUCGGCAUGGUAUUGGUGCUCUUCCUGAUGAUUACAGCUUCUACAUACGCCAUCCGAGUUUCUAACUAUGACAUCUUCUGGUAUACUCAUAAUCUCUUCUUUGUCUUCUACAUGCUGCUGAUGUUGCAUGUUUCAGGAGGGCUGCUGAAGUAUCAGACUAAUUUAGAUACCCAUCCUCCUGGCUGCAUCCAUCUUAAUGGAACCAACCACAAGAAUAUUUACUUACCAGGGUAUCUCCCAGAACAUUCUCAUGCAUCUUUCCCCGGAGGACUUUCAAGAUCAGAGGAGCUUACCCAGAACACAUUUGUGCAGAUCUGUAUGGAAGAGCCAAGGUUUCAAGCUAAUUUUCCACAGACUUGGCUUUGGAUAUCUGGACCUUUGUGCCUGUAUUGUGCCGAAAGACUUUACAGGUGUAUCCGGAGCAACAAGCCAGUCACCAUCAUCUCGGUCAUAAGUCAUCCCUCAGAUGUCAUGGAAAUCCGAAUGGUCAAAGACAAUUUUAAAGCAAGACCUGGCCAGUAUAUUAUUCUACAUUGUCCCAGUGUGUCUGCAUUAGAAAAUCAUCCGUUUACCCUCACAAUGUGUCCUACUGAAACCAAAGCAACAUUUGGGGUCCAUCUUAAAAUAGUAGGCGAUUGGACAGAACGCUUUCGAGAUUUACUACUUCCUCCACCUAGUCAAGACUCUGAGAUUCUGCCCUUCAUUCAAUCUAGAAAUUAUCCCAACCUGUACAUUGAUGGUCCGUUUGGAAGUCCAUUUGAGGAAUCACUGAACUAUGAAGUCAGCCUGUGUGUGGCUGGAGGCAUCGGAGUUACUCCAUUCGCAUCAAUACUCAACACUCUGCUGGAUGACUGGAAACCAUAUAAGCUUAGAAGACUGUAUUUUAUUUGGGUGUGCAGAGAUAUCCAGUCCUUCCGUUGGUUUGCAGACUUACUCUGUGUGUUGCAUAACAAGUUUUGGCAAGAGAACAGACCCGACUAUGUCAAUAUCCAGCUGUACCUCAGUCAAACAGAUGGGAUACAGAAGAUAAUUGGAGAAAAAUAUCAAGCACUGAAUUCAAGACUUUUUAUUGGACGUCCUCGGUGGAAACUUCUGUUUGAUGAAAUAGCAAAAUGUAAUAGAGGAAAAACAGUUGGUGUUUUUUGCUGUGGACCCAAUUCCAUUUCUAAGACUCUUCAUAAACUGAGUAACCAAAACAACUCAUAUGGGACAAGAUUUGAAUACAACAAAGAAUCUUUCAGCUGAAAACCUGUGAGAUGAACCAGGACCCUAAAGAAGGAAUGAGUGCAAUUUCUAAGACUUUGAAACUCAGCUGAAUCAAACAGCUCUAUUAUGCCAAAGAGUAGCAAGGUUUUCUUAUUUAUAAUUAUUUAAAACAGAAAUGCAGAAAAUGUGGCAAGAUGACAGAUCACAUUACAUGUUUAAUCUGGAAACCAAAGAGGACUUGAAGAAUAUUUGAUGUGGAUGAUUCACUUUUCAAUGCUCAAAUUAAAAGUAAGCUAUUAGAUGCACACUGUUGAUUUUUAUGGCAGAUUCAAGAACUCCCUAGUGAGGAGAUACACUUGCUCAGUGUGGAGCUGAUAGCCUCGGUCCUCUUUAAAUUGUUUUUGGUUGAACAAAUGCAAGAGUGAGUGAAAUUAAAAAUUCAUUGAAACUCAGAUUACAUUUUCUAUGUGAGUAUAUACAGAGUUACUUUGAUUUAGAAAAGCUCCAGGCAAAUAUAUUAGACAUUUGAAGAUCUAGCAUAAGACUGUAUUGAUACGGGUACUUUGUAUCUGAACUUCCUCACUACUGAUGCCAGUACCUCUAUUUGAUGUCUGUAGACUUUGUGCUGAAUGAACCUUUUGUAGAUGUUUAUGUAGUAUCUAUUUUUUUGUAUUUCUUCUUUUUUCCUCUAAGGAAAUACGCCCUCCCUUGGCAUGCCUUAGACACAAUGAUUGAACAGUCCUUUUCAUCCCCAGUCUAUUACUGUUGCAUAGUAAUGAGGAAAAUAUCAUUACUCUAAAUUAUGAAGGGAUGUAUAGACUAAUAACUUUUUCAGCAUUUUGACAUUUAUUAUUUCUAUUUACUUGUAUCCCCAGUAUAGUUUGUCUUGGUUUUUAGCCUCUUAAGGUACUUGGUUUAAUUUGCACUUUGAGACCAGAGAGCAUAGUGUCUGUCAGUGGUCACUGAGGUAUAAGAUCUCUCUCUUUUGUCACACAUUAGUUUAUGCUGGUGAGAUUGAAACUGUAGUCACAUUACUGAACAGAAAACCUGUACUCAACUUUCUAUAUAAGAGGAAAUAUAUCAUUAAUUAUUUAAAGUUCAGAAUCAAGAAUAUUAUUGUUUCACUGGUAUUCUGGGUCUUCAUAGGGCAUUUUUUAGUAUAAAGUCCCUUUUGGGACUACGCUGUGUGAUCCUAUAUGCUUGUUCUCCAAUAUAUUCUUGGCUCAAAAGGAAAAACUUCACUACCUUAAAAAUUAAGGCAUUUUUACAGUUUAGUGAUUUUGUUUUAUAGAUAUCUAUCAAUUGCUAUCAAAUAUAGCACUUUUCUGAAGUAAACAGAAUGACUUGUCUUGCCUUUGUUAAAAUUUUGCAUGAUAUAACAUACAUGAUAGAUGCUACUGUCAUUUUUUGCUGUGAUUCACAAUAGCAAUCAAGUAUGUUAAACUAUCUAGUGUUGAAUGCCCAUAAACAUGUUGCAUUUAGAUAUUUCUCCUUCCUCUUGGAAUUCUUUCUUCUCCCUUCUAUGGAAGAAGGUGAGUCAGAAAAAUAUUGGGGGAAUGUACAAUGUUCCUGAAGAUUUAGCUCUGAAGGUACAUUUAAUAAACAGUAUGUUUUGGUAACACUUUCUAAAUUAAAAAGGAUUUUCAUAAAAACAUAACAGAAAGAACUUGUGAAAAGAAGCUUGAAUAGUACAGGCUUGAUGUGCAAUACUAACUCUUUACUGAAAAUAAUUUAUUUAAGUGAUUAUAUUAAUAAAUCUAAUUUCAGUAAAACAAGUGGAAGAUUUUUUAGAAGAAGAAUGAUUGCUUCUUAGGUAAUUUUUACUUCUUUAUGUAGGGAUAAAAUUAGGGCUUCACCAUGCAUGUAGUAGAGCUUUGUUUUGUUUUGAGGGAUUCUUUCUCUGGGCUAUUUCUUGUCACACAGGUCUUAAAUCAAUCAUUUUAGUGGCAAUAAAUAUUAAAAUAGAAAUGGUAUCCUUGAAAUCUCUAUAAGCUCACUUUACCUUGUAACAAAUAAAGUAGGCAGAGUUUCUUCAUAACAUGUUGCAAGUUUAAGAAACAAAAUCUAUUAGGGUGCAUGCUAGCAUGUGCAGCCUUACGAAUUUGAGUCCUGGGACUAUCAAUGUCCUCUUUAAAUUGUUUUUGGUUGUCACAUGGCUAAUGGUGUGACUAUGGCAAAUUGCUUCUCAAUCUGGAAUUGAGAUUUCUCAUUUGGACUAGAUAGUUAUUAAUCUUUUUUGGGAACCUGAUUACAAAUGAAUAUUAUGACAUACAUACAGAAUAUUACAUAUACUUUUGAGGGCCCACAAAUAAUUUUCAAAAGUAAGGACUGCAGCUUAGAACUUCUGAACAAAAUAAUCAUCACUGUAGGUCUUUCUGCUGAUACCUUUCUUGCACAUAUUUUGGAAGAAACUCAAACUUUUGUAGGAUUAUAUUGAGAAAUUAACCCUAUGGGUAAAGGAAAAUAAGUUCUCUCUAUAUGCCCUCAAACAAUCCAAUAGAAUUUUUCAUCAGUUAAUCUUGGGUCUCCUGCUUUACGUAAGGGAAGGCUGUGAUUUUAUAUAUCAAUAAUAAUAAAAGACUCAGAUUCAAACACAUACACAUGUGUUUAUACACCAUACAUACAUUUGGAGCUUCAUUUGCUUUUUUCUUUCUAAUGCAUGUUUAAAAUGAAAUGAUUGGACUUUUUGUUUUUUUUUUCGGUUAGGGACUUAAAAUGCCAGGUGGGUGCUUGUGAUAGCACAGGCACUUAAAACAAAGGAAUAAAAGCAAUAUCGAUAAAGCAUGGCUGAAUUGAUAUAAUCUAUAUAUCCUUGUUAUUUAUACCCCUCCCCCCAAUCAGUGUUUAGUUGGAGCAUUCGUAGUAGAGAAUAGGUUUAAAUCAUAAGGCAUUGUUAAAGAGGCUUGUUAGAGGCAAAUGGGCCAUUGUCAUCAAUAGAUAAUGGUGUUGCUGAAGAACGUUUAUUAUAUUAAAGAGAAAAAAAUUAAAACAAAAAUUUUUUACCUUAACUCGGUUGAGCAGAGAUUUUUCUAAACAAACUAAUGAGAUAGAUACAUUUUUAAGUGCUACUUAUGAUACACAGUUCCCUUUUCUUGUGCUAUUCAGGACACUUUCAUAUCCAGUUAUAGUAUAGAAACACGAAGUGCUCAAGUUAGUGAAGUACUCUUAUUUUGCAGUUAAGGACACUGAGCCCCAAAGCGACAUGUUAACUUGCUUCAGGUCACCCACUGAAUGUGCUGCAGAGCUGAAGCGAGUUCAGUGUUUUCCUAAGCUCUGCCACCGAAGGCGCUCUCUCCUCCCUGUGACGUACACAGCUAACAGACGCAUCUUGGCCUGUUAGUUUCAGUCUCCUAUACACUCCAUUUUGUGUUUUGUGGAAAAUAAAAUACUGAGUGUUAAUUUCAGAUUCAGAUGUCAAAACUUACUCUCUUCUUCCUAUAUAUCUUGGGGACUCUAAAUUUGUGAGUUUUAUGUGUUUUGCCUAUUAGAACCUAUUUCCAGAAAUCAGUUUUAGACUAACAGUUGUGCUAAAGGGAUUAUGUUCUCCAGAACUUUGUAUUGGUGACAUACAUAAUAGCAUAGUUUCUAGGAAAUGCUAGUAUUUAAUUUUUAAAAUUUAGAUUCAUAGGGAAAAGUCAUGACUUUACAGCUUUCUAACCACCCAGGGAAAUGUUGAUAUUAAAACAAAUGAUUAUUGUUCUCUACCCACAUGACUGUAACCUGAUUCUUGUUCAGGAGAAAAGAAUCAGCUUUUUGUAAACUAAUGAGACAGGAAAUAAAUGAAUUCAAGCAUGAUGAGCAUUUACUUCAAUCACCAUGAAACAAUGAAACUGCUUCCUUCUGUCUAAAUCUCCACUCCAUUACCCCAAAGUCUUUAUUCCAUUCUGUGGUAUUCUCAAAGGACAGAGUUGCAAAAGCUAGCUAGACAAAGUUUUCCAAAGAAAAGAAGCAGGAGACUUCCAAUACUUAGCAAAGAAAGGUCCAUUAAGAGCGAAAAGAAGAAAGGCCAUGUGAAUCAUUUAAAAUUAGCUGAGAGUUAAGCAAUGUUGCUUUAGAACAGGAACUAGUAAUUUUUUAAAGUGAAUAUGCAGAACUUUUAUUUUUUCCUGUGCAAGAAUUUUUAUAUUCUUGUUCAUAGAGUCUAAAACCAGAUGUCUUUUAUUUUACACUGUAGCAGAAUCACCAGUCAUCAUCAUGCAAAGUGUUAAACUACAAUUUAAGAAUUGAUAAGGGCAAAACAUGCCUCAAAGGAGCAAAACUAGAAAGAAAAAGAGAGCAGUCACAGAAAGAAAAAUGACUUAACACAUCAGGGCAUGAUAACUCUUUUUCAUAACUCAAUAGAUGCUCACGUGUGUGGCAAAACUGGCUAUUACUGUGGUUUGGGAAAAUGUCAAAGAAUAUUGUGUUUGGUUUAUUUUUGGGGGUCCUUUCACAUUUUCGUUGCCACUAGAAUUUUUGUAGAAACUUUACUUUGAUCUGAAUUGUAUCUGGCUUUUGCAAGAAUUAGAGCUUUGAUGAGCUGCUGGAUGAUCUAGAGAGAACCCCGACAUUUAGAUGAGAACCAGCAAUACGUAAAUGCUCUAAUAUAUGUAGCAAUAAAGAAGGAGAGGCUGCCAUGAAUUUCCUCAACUGCAUACACAGCACAUUCAAAUUCCGUUGCUGCAAGGUCACAUUUCUCAACUCUUAUCCUUCCACCCAGAGAAUGAAACCCUCUUUAAAAUAUGCAGACACUGAGAAACAUUCCGUCUUGUAUCAUAAUAGUGUAUCUGUUCACCUAUAUCAGCUCAUUCAUUUGAAACUAGUUAUCAAUUAAAAAUGACAAUAUAAUUCAUUUUAGUGGUGAGAAAUCUCCACAAUAUAUAAAAUAAGGGCCUCACUUGUCUGCUAAAAAAACGUAGGGCUGCCAAUACAUUGGCUAGGGCGAAUGCUAGGUUUUCCUCUCCAGCUGAGCUUUGACGUAAUGUCAGAUACCUUACCACACAGGUCGGAAGUGGGACGUGUUCUGGGUUGCACCCCGUGCUCUGUGAUCAGAUAUCCUGCACAGUUGAUCCUCCAGACUCCCAGGAACUAUUCAGUUGAGAAAAUAGCAGCUCUUGAGCCAGCUUGGCAUCUUUAACCACAUAAUUGGGUACCCACCAGGUGCAGUUAUAUCCUUAUUUAAAGAUGAUGAUGGCUUAUCAGAUGCCAUUAGUGGUAUACUUUAUUUUCUUCUCUCUCCAUCAAUAUUUGAUUCAAAUUCAGCGUUGGGAAAAGCAGAAAUCGCUUUAGAAAGUGGGAUUGGUUGGCUGAAGUUCUGUUCCACCCGGAGAGUGUAAGGGUGUCAUUUUAUCCAGCCACCUCCAGUGUGCAGAGUGAACAGGAUCCUGGAUUAGUAAUCAGAAGAUUUGCAGCUUUUAUCCCUGAAAAGUAUUAGGCCAUAUGCAUAAAAAUGGGUAUAAUAUCUACCUCUGCCUGCAUCCCUGUUACAUGGAUGUACUGGCACAAAAAUGUAGGGGAGAGGAGAAAAAGAAUGGUGAAGAAAGAAAUUUCCUGGACACAUCUUCCUUACUUGGGUUGUUGAUAACACAGUAAAAAUAAAACACUGUUCUGAGAAAGUAAAAACAUAGGCUUUUAUGAGUCACGGUCCAUUGUAACUGAAAGAGUAAGUAUUUAAUUGUGUCCUCUGGGCAAGUAGAGAACUACCCAGGAGCAAAGCACACCACUGUGUGUCUUUGUUCUUCUGAGAUUGCCAUAAACAAAGUCCCCUGUCAUGUCUAGUGUAACUGCCUUCUGAAUUCCUCUUAACUAGUUUUGGUCAGGCCCAGUGCCUCUAGAGAUAGCUGUAUAGAUCUGUGACAAUCAAGCUAGGAAUUGCUCCAGGGUAAUAUAAUUUAUCCUGCUUAUUUAAGGUCUGAUGGAGGAAAAAUCAGGUGUUCAUAAGACACCAUUACUAUUAAAACCAAGGCCUGUAUCUUAGAACUAGAAAUAAUUCUUAAAAAUUCUACAAAAGAGAACACUGCAUUGUAAGCUCUAUUUUUCCUAGAUGGAAAAAAUGAAUUUAUUUCUUGACUACUUCACAUUAUGUCUUUUCAUCAAAGGUCACAUUAUUUUGUAGCUGUUUGUAUUUAAAUUAUGUGUGUGUGAGAGAGAGAAAAACAGAGUCUUUUUAUGGUGAAUUGGAAGGAAUGUCUGAAUAAAAUGCCUGAAUAAAAACAACAUUCUGCAGACAUGUAAUGACGCUUUCCAACUUUCAUAAUAAGCAUUCAGAGGUGGUAGUUUUGUGUCUGGGGGAAAUAUUGUAGUGCUGGAGAGGAAGGACUAACUCAAAUUCAAUACUUGUGAAGAAUUGGAAAAAUUUAUUUUUAUAUGUAAUUUUAUUGUAAAGUCAUAGCAUGUUUGUAGAAAACCAUUGUUUUUGAACAUGGUAUAGUGUUUAAAAGCUAAACAACUAAACGUUGGACAAAUAUACUUAAAAUUCCUCACAUUGUAAACCAAUUGUGCACCUUUGGCAGUCAUAAUCAAGAAGUCAUUCCAGGAUUUUGAGAACUGGCCGGGGUUGUUUUCUGUCCUAACGAAAGACCAAAUGAUCAGAUUAGUCUCACUUGUGAAGGUAUUAAACAAGUAACAUUUAAGAAAUGUCCCUUUGAAAAGCUUUCCAAGUGGUCUAAUUUCAAGCUUCUUGGAACUUCCAUGUCAACAGGAUGUAUAAUUGGGAAACUGAGAAUUCUAAUUUCUAAAUUUAAUAUGCUGGGUUUGGAAUUUGGGGUUUAUUUUUGGUUUCUUUGGUGUUUUGUAUUAUUCUCAAAUUUCAUAAUUGUGCCCAUAAAAGAUUGUAAUAUUUACUUAAUUUUAAGGUGUCAAAAUUUAAUAUUUUACUGCACAGAAAAUAAAGUAUGAUGUUCAUUA